CAAACUUUUCCUAACCAGUGUUUCUUUCCAGACGUGGAUUGUAUGAAAGAGGCUUAUUCAUUCGUUUCUGAAUCAAUCAAGCGCAUCAUGGAACUCUGUAUAGGGCUUGUUUUCUUGUCCUUGGUGGCAGGUUGUUAUGGACGCCACGCCGGCGCGCACGGACUGUCUUACGCGCACAAAACGGAGCUCUCCGAGGACUCGAUCCUUGUAGCGAACAACAGGAUACGCGUUCCCUUCGGGAGAUCGGUUUUCAUUGAUCCUAUCAACGAUUUGGUGAUUGAAGUACAGCCGGGAGACAAGUGCAGCUUAAUAGUCUUGGAUAAUGAUCCGCUGACCCAAAGACCUGGACAUCUUUCACCCAAAAAGUUCCCAUGUGAAUUCGGACCCAAUGAUGUGAAAUACUCGCAUUUGGGCUCCAGGAGCCCCAACGCGGACAGAGUGAGGCUGCAGCUCAGGUACGACACUCAGACUGAAACGGUCAUCAUCCCGUUCAUGCUGGAGAUAGAGGUCCUUUUCACCCAGUUGGAGAUAGUUACUAAAAAUAUGCCUCUCACUGUAGAUAAACUCCAUGGCAUUAGCAAUUCAAUUGACAGAAGAAUCCUGGAAUUUACAUAUGAUAGAAACUCUGAGCAAUGUGAGGUCACAUCACUGGCUGCAAGCAGUUCACUCCCUAGAUAUGGUGAACUUAGUGAUAAAUUGGAGAAAACGAUAGACUGUGAUGCUUUUCUCCGAGCAGAUAUUCGCUACAAGCACACUUCUAUACAAAAGUCUCCAAACCGGGAUUAUAUUCCGAUGGUCGUGGAACUGAGGAACAAAGAAAAUAAUCUACUGAAGCAAGAAUUCUUUCAUAUCAUGACCCGCAUAAGAGAAGGUGUGCAAAACAGUCCUCCCAAACCCAGCUUUCUAGCCAUGAUGAUGAUGGAGAUUGACCAGUUUGUUAUGACUGCUUUAACUUCUGACAUGUUGGCUGCAGAGGACACUGAAUCCGAUCCAGAUGAUCUUAUUUUCAACAUCACCACCCCCUUCUCGUUCGAGGAGGGUUACAUUGUGAGUACAGAUGAUAGAAAUUUACCAAUAACAUCUUUUUAUCAGCGAGAUAUAAAAGACCUGAAGAUUGCAUACAAGCCCCCAAGUAUGGAUUCAGAUACUGAGAGAAUAAUUCAGAUUGAAUUUGAAGUUUUGGACACAGAUGGUGGAGUUUCCGAGCCAUUUGCUUUUAUGAUCGUUAUAAAGCCAAUGAACACACUAGCACCAGUGGUGACUAAAAAUGCAGGGCAGCUUCUCUAUGAGGGUCAGUCCAGACAUUUGUUCACUCAGAACAAUUUAGAAAUCAGCGAUGAAGACAACCUGGAUAGUGUACGGAUAACUGUUGUAAAUGGUCUCCGUCAUGGUGAUCUCACCAUUCUUGGCUCCAGCAUGAAAUAUUUCACACCCGCUGAUUUGCAAGUUGGUAUUGUUGUCUACCAACAUGAUGGCAGUGACACAUACAGCGAUAACAUCAUUUUCAGAAUGACAGAUGGCAAGAAUGAAGUGGAGUUUUUGUUCCCUAUUACGAUUGUUCCGACUGACGAUGAGCCCCCCAUUAUAAAUGCUAACACAGGACUGGUGGUAUUUAAAAACCAAAUGAUUCCCAUUUCACCCCUAAUGCUUAGUGCAGCUGAUAUUGACUCUGAAGAUUCCACCAUUAAGUUCACUAUCGAUCCUCCACUCUCAACUAUUGGUGAUGUGCUGCUAAGGCAGUCUGAGGCUCCAGAAGAUCCAUCCUCAUGGAAAUUCAACAUGGAAGAUGGGCUUUAUGAGAAAGCUGUGAGAGAAUGGUUACAAAAAGACAUUACAGAUGGGAAACUUUUUUACAGGCACACAGGGCCCCACAUCACAGAGGCUGUCACUGAUCAGUUUAUCUUUAAAGCUCAGGAUGACGCUGAUCCUCCAAACCAAUCAGAUGAGAACACCUUCUUCAUUAGGAUUCUCCCUAUUGACGAUGUUCCACCUGAACUUUUUCCUGGCACAUCUUUACAGAUUACUGUCCAUGAGUAUCAGGUGACUAGUCUUAACAAGACUGUUCUUCGUUACACUGAUUUGGAUUCUGAUGACAGAGAUCUGAAAUACACAAUAACUCAGCCACCAACAGACACAGAUGAAAAUCAUCCUGUCAGAUUUGGGUCAGUAGUUUUAACAGAGCAGCCUCACACUGAGGUAAGCGAGUUCACUCAAGCACAAGUGAACCAUCAUAAGAUUUCCUACAGCCCACCAGAUAUAGAACUGGGCAUCACAGCCCAUGUUUCACAGUUCCAUUUCAUUGUUGAAGACACUGCUGGGAACAGUGUAAAAGGGAUUUUCACCAUAUUGGUGCAACCUGUAAACAACAAACCCCCAGAGAUAACUAACACUGGCUUCACAGUCUUUGAGCGAGGAAUGCAUAUGAUUACAAAUGCUGAGCUUGAUACUACUGACCUUGAUACAGAUCGUAAACAGAUUUCCUUUACUCUAAUUCAGAGUCCGCAACAUGGUCAGGUCCAGUUAAGCUUUGCUGAUUUAAUUAAAGACAGCACUUUCAGCUUAGCAGAUAUCUCAGAAGGCAGAAUCUCUUAUGUCCACAAUGGGGAUGAGACAACCAAUGAUGCUUUUAAACUCGAUGUCAGUGAUGGUGUCCAUGUUGUACCAAUUACAGUAAAAAUUAUAGUGAAGCCAAUUGACGAUGAAAUGCCAACUUUGACUCUCCCAGCGGGAACUCUUGGUUCUCACGUGUCUGUCUUGGAAAAUGGUGCUACUGAAAUAACAGUCAGUGUUAUCCAGGGGAAAGAUGAAGACACAGAUGACCUGAGAUUGACCUUUAUUGUUGAGGAUGCCCCUGCAUAUGGAGAGAUCUUGGUGAAUGGACUUCCUUCUAACAUGUUCACCCAAGCUGAUAUAAUUAAUGGUUUGGUGAGAUAUACCCAUACAGGUGGUGAGAUUGGGUUUUCCUCAAAAGAGGACAUGUUUAACUUAACCCUUACUGACAUGUCUGAUGAGUGGGCUGUAGGAGGAAAUACAAUUACUGGAGUGUCUGUUCAUGUCACCAUUCUCCCAGUGGACAACAAGGCCCCUGUGGUAACAGUGGUACCUACAUUUAAUGUCACUGAAGGAAACAAAAACAUAAUUGGAGGCCACCAAAUAAUUGUUAAGGAUGCAGAUACACUCACUGAAGAUAUCUUGUGUACUAUCAUUGUCCAGCCGAAUUCAGGUUAUAUGGAGAACAUCUCUCCAGCACCAGGUUCUGAGAAGUCCCGGUCUGGCACAGCCAUUAGUGCUUUUAGUAUUACAGACAUCAUUGAUGGCCAUAUCUGCUAUGUCCAAAGCAUGCAUAAAAGAGUUGAACCAGUUGAGGAUAGAUUUACAUUCAGUUGCUCAGAUGGUGUUAACUUUUCAGAGAGACAAAUUUUCCCAAUUGUAAUUAUCCCUACCAAUGAUGAGAAGCCAGAAAUAUUUAUGAGAGAAUUUGUGGUGAUGGAGGGUAUGAAUGUCAUCAUUGACACACCUAUAUUGACUGGAGUUGAUGCUGAUAUUCCGGUUGAAGAUUUGACUUUUAUCAUUACAAAGCCACCAAAACAUGGUUUUAUUCUUGACCAGCUAAUCACUGGCUCUCUCCCAGUUACUAACUUUACUGUGGAGCAAAUCAGGGAAGCUUCUAGCAUUAUUUAUGAGCAUGAUGAUUCUGAGAGCACAGAGGACCAAUUUAAUGUGAUUCUCACUGAUGGAAAACAUAAUGUAGAAGGUACUGUAAUGAUUAUGAUUAUUGCUGUUGAUGAUGAGACUCCAAGAUUGGCUAUUAACGAUGGUUUGGAAGUUGAAAUUGGGGAGACAAAAGAAAUAAAUAAUAAAAUUUUGAAGGCGACUGAUUUAGACUCAGAAGAUAGCACACUUACCUUUAUAAUUCGAUAUGGUCCAGGUCAAGGCAUUCUACAGAGAAAAACAGAACAUGGGUUUUUUGAGAACAUCACAGUUGGGAUGAACUUCACACAAAUGGAACUGGACAAUGGUUAUGUUCUCUAUACUCACAAUGGACAAGAAGGUAUUCGUGACAUUAUAAAGUUUGAUGUAACCGAUGGUCAUAACCCACUAAUUGACAGAUAUUUCUACAUAUCUGUGAGCAACAUUGACAGGGUGUUUCCUGAAGUUAUUAGCAAAGGGGUAUCCCUGAAAGAAGGUGGAAGUGUGAUGCUUACCACUGACCUACUCAGUACAAGUGAUCUCAAUAGCCCAGAUGAAAACCUUGUCUUCACUAUCACCAGAGCCCCAGUAAGGGGACAUUUGGAAAGCACUGACACUCCUGGAAUGCCAAUCGUGUCUUUCACUCAACUUCAGCUGGCUGGAAGUAAAAUCUACUAUAUUCACUCUUCAGAUGAUGAAAUAAAGAUGGACAGUUUUGAGUUUGAGGUCACUGAUGGGUAUAACCCUGUUUUCCGCACUUUUCGUGUAUCGAUAGUUGAUGUUGACAAUAAAAAACCUGUCCUGACAGUACAUGAGCUCUUGGUUUCAGAGGGACAUUCAAAACUUAUCACACCAUUUGAGCUGACUGUAGAAGAUCAGGAUACAGCAGAGGAAUUCCUGAAGUUCACCAUCACUCAGUUGCCUAUCCAUGGUAAACUGCUCUUUAACAACAGCCAUCCAGUUACUACCUUCACGAAACAUGACCUGAAUGAAAACCUAAUCAGUUACAAGCAUGAUGGCACAGAGUCGACUCAGGACAGCUUUUCUUUUACUGUCACUGAUGGAACACACACUGAUUUUUAUGUAUUUCCUGAUACAGUGUUUGAAACUCGUAGGCCUCAAGUCAUGAAAAUUACUAUUUCAUCAAUAGACAAUGGUGUACCACAAAUUGUGGUGAACAAAGGUGUUCAAACGUUGAAGGUCUUGCCAAUGAGCCACCUAGGCUAUCCUAUCACUAGCAAAGUGCUGAAGGCAGAAGACAGGGACAGCAUCCCAGACACCCUGGUUUUUUACAUCACCACACAACCAGAGCAUGGCUACCUGAUCAACCUUCAGAAGGGGAAUGAUUCCAUCAUUACAUUCACUCAAGCCGACAUUGAUGACCUGAAGAUCUGCUAUGUGCUGAAAGAUAACAACAAUGCCACCAGUGACACCUUUAUAUUUUAUGUUGAAGAUAAUGGUCGGAAUAAACUGAAGGAGCAGCACUUCCGCCUGGAUUGGUCCUGGAUCUCUUUACAAAAACAACACUACGUGGUGGACGAGCAGGCCGGGGUACUGGAGGUUGUGCUUAGACGUAGAGGAUACCUGGGGGAAACGUCUUUUGUAGCAAUUGGUACACUGGACGGCAGUGCUGAGAAGGACAAAGACUUCCGGGGGAAAUUUCAGAAACAGGUGCAGUUUAACCCAGGCCAGAGCACAGCAACAUGGAGGAUCAAAAUUCUUCCUGAUGAGAGGUAUGAGCAGUCUGAGACCUUCAACAUCAUUCUGUCCGAGCCAGUUAUGGGGGCACUGGAGUCUCCAGCAGUGGCCACAGUGGAGAUCAUGGAUCCAGAAGAUGAGUCUACAGUCUUCAUUCCCCAGGCAACUCUUGUUGUCGAGGAAGACAUUGGAGAGCUGCUGGUACCGAUACACAGAAGAGGAGACUUGAGUGAGGAGCUGAUGGUGCUCUGCUACACGCUGCAAGGUUCAGCUACAGGUACAGUCCCCAGCACCGUUCUUUCUUUCUCUGACUACAUCUCCAGACUGGAGGGACAGAGCAGCAUCCUACGUUUUGAAAAAGAAGAGACAGAGAAGAAUUGCCGCGUGGUGAUAAUCGACGACUCACUAUACGAGCCAGAGGAAAGCUUUAACGUGUCCCUCAGCGUAGUAUUAGGUGGCCGCUUAGGAUCUAAAUACCCCAGCACACGCAUCAACAUCCUGCCGGACUUGGACGAUGCUCCUGUGUUCUACUUCGGAGAUUCAGAGUACAAUGUGGAUGAGAGCCAAGGUCACAUUGAUGUGCGAGUGUGGAGGACAGGAACAGAUCUCUCCAAAGCAGCCACAGUCACUGUCAAAUCCCGUAAAACGGAUCCGGUGUCAGCUGAAGCUGGAGUGGACUAUGUGGGCAUUAGUAAGAAUUUGGACUUUGGCCCAGGGGUGAACAUGCAAACCAUCCGGGUCACCAUUCUAGACGAUCUCGGCCAGCCGCUUCUUGAAGGCAUUGAGAAAUUUGAGCUGGUCCUGCGCUUGCCCAUCAAUGCAAUUUUAGGAGAGCCAGCUAAAGCCACCAUCUUAAUUAAUGAUACCAUCUCAGACCUGCCAAAGAUGCAGUUUAAACAUCUACUUCUAAAUGGAGAAGAGAGCGAUAGACGUCUCACUGCUGUGGUCCAGCGCAGUGGAGAUAUCUCACACCAAUCCACUGUGCGCUGUUACACACGCCAGGGAUCUGCUCAGGUGACCAUUGACUUUGAAGAGAGACCCAACACUAAUGCAUCAGUCAUCACCUUCCUACCAGGUGAUACGGAGAAGCCAUGUGUGUUAACUUUGGUGGAUGACUCAGUGUAUGAAGACGAGGAGGAGAUGAGGCUUGUGCUCGGGAGCGCUACGAGUGGCUCCCCAUAUGGUGCAUCUAUUGGCACAAAGAACGAGACACUUGUCAAGCUUAAAGACAGUGCUGACAAACCAAUUAUCAAGUUUACUGAGACAAAGUUGAGUGUGAACGAGCCAAAGGAGUCAGGGAAGAUAAGCAUUGUGCGGAUCCCUGUGCAUCGAGUGGGAGAUUCCUCCAAAGUGUCUGUAGUGAGAGUGCACACUAAAGAUGGUUCUGCUGUGUCAGGAGAAGACUAUCAUCCCAUCUCUAAGGAUGUUGAAUUUAAGGAAGGUGAAACAGAACACUUUGUGGAGGUGGAGGUCCUGUUUGAUGGAGCCAGAGAAAUGAGAGAAUCCUUCACUGUCCAUCUCAAACCUGAUGAGAACAUGGUGGCUGAGAUCCAGAUGUCUAAGGCUAUAGUGUACAUUGAAGAGACCAAUAGCAUGGCCGACGUCACAUUCCCCUCACUGCCGCAUGUUGUGUCUCUGCUGCACUAUGAUGAUGUCAGAAGGACUAUGUACAAUGCUCACCCACCAGCAGGCUAUCCAGUGGUCUGUGUGACAGCAUGCAACCCAAAAUACCCAGAAUAUGAGAAAACAGGCUCCAUAUGUGCAAGUGAGCACAUCAAUGACACGCUAACACACUAUCGCUGGCUCAUCAGUGCCCCCACUGGGCCUGAUGGCGUCACCAGCCCUAUGAGGGAAGUGGACAUCGACACCUUUUUCACCUCCUCCAAGAUAAUCACGCUGGACUCCAUCUACUUCCAGGCCGGCUCUCGGGUUCAGUGUGCUGCUCGUGCAGUUAACUCCAAUGGAGAUGAGGGCCUGGAGCUCAGCAGCCCCAUUGUCUCCAUUAGCAUGGAAGAGGGAAUGUGUCACCCUCGUAAGGUGGGCACAGUAGGUGCUGAGCCUUUUUCUGCCAAGCUACACUAUACCGGCACUGAGGAUCCGGAACACGCAAACCUAAUCAAGCUUAGUGUCACCAUGCCCCACACAGAUGGCAUGCUUCCUGUGCUGUCUACCCGUGCUCUUUCUAACUUCGAGUUGACCCUGAGUCCGGAUGGCAGCCGUGUUGGAAACCACCGCUGCUCCAAUCUGCUGGACUUUGACGAGGUUCCCACUCGCCACGGCUUCCUGACAAAAGCCACAAAGACUGUGGAACAAGUGGGAGAAAGCGCUCCUUACCAAUAUAACUCUACUAUGAGGGGCCUGAACACAUUACGUUUCUACAGGAACCUCAACCUGGAAGCCUGCCUGUGGGAGUUUGUGAGUUAUUAUGACAUGUCUGAGCUCUUCACAGACUGCGGCGGGAGCAUCGGGACUGACGGACAGGUGCUAAAUCUAGUGCAGUCCUAUGUGACUCUGCGUGUCCCUCUUCAUGUCUCCUACGUGUUUCACUCACCUGUCGGCACCAGCGGCUGGCAGCAUUUUGACCUGCAGUCUGAGCUGCGGCUUACUUUUGUUUACGACACUGCCAUCUUGUGGAAAGAUGGCGUCGGCAGCCCUCCUCAAGCCGAGCUGCAAGGAGCUCUUUACCCAGCCAGUAUGAGGAUUAAUGAAAUGGGCUGUCUGGUGGUCAACUUCCGCACCAAGGCUCAUUUUCGGGGACUGUUUGUGGCCUCACAUCAGGCAUCUUCUUUGACCUCAUUGGUCAUAAGUACAGCCCACCCAGGGUUAACCUUUAACCUUUCAUUGGUCAGAACCGAGCCAACCUACACCCAGCCCAUGCAGCAGUGGAGGUUCACUUCAGAUUUUGCUGUGCGUGAUUACUCUGGUACCUACACAGUAAAGCUAAUCCCCUGCACUACAGUACUAAACAUGGAGUACUCUGUUCCUGCAGUGUGUGACCCCAGAGAGCCGGUCACAUUUGACCUGGACAUCAGAUUCCAGCAGGUGAGUGACCCCGUUGCUGUGGAGUUCAAUCUGAACACACAGAUGUUUCUGCUGUCGAAGAGAUCUGUCUGGCUCUCUGAUGGGUCUAUGGGCUUUGGACAGGAGAGUGAUGCUGCUUUUUCACAGGGUGAUAUAAUAUAUGGCAGAGUGAUGGUGGAUCCAGUGCAGAACUUGGGAGACUCGUUUCACUGUAACAUAGAGAAGGUUUAUUUGUGCACUGGAGCAGAUGGAUAUGUGCCUAAGUACAACCCCACCAAGUUUGAGUUUGGCUGCUUGGCAGAUUCACCUUCCCUACUAUACAGAUUCAAAAUAAUUGACAAAGCACAGCCAGAGACUCAGGCUCUGAGUUUUGGUGAUAUGAAGUUCAAUGCAGUGCUGGCAGUAGAUGACCCAUCAGCCCUCUCGCUAGUGAAGCAGCCCAGCUCAGAUGGGUUCCGACUGGACUCUUCUCCCUUAUUCCAGGUGGCAGCAGGCCGUGAGUGGUACAUCCACACCAUCUACACUGUACGCUCCAGAGACAAUGCAAAUCGUGGGAUCGGCAAAAGAAGUGCGGAGUACCAUUCUUUUGCGGCGCACAACACUCGUGCCAGGCGCUCUAAUCAGGACAUGCCUGCUAUCGCCGAAAUGAUCAGUGCCGAGCACAAUCGAGGCACCAACAUCAUGCACAUCAUUCUGGAGCACCAGCAGGCAGUGCAGGAUGGGGAGGUUCCUGCCGAAGGCCUGGUACAGCAUGAAAUGGCCAAAAGUGGCACUGGAGACGAGGCAGUGAUGGUAGGGGGAGUUUCAGUUGGGCUGCUGCUCUUCGGUCUCAUCAUAGCAGUGCUUUUACUGAUGCUGCGGUCACAGAGACGACCAGUUAAGGAUGUGAGAAAGAAAUCAGGGAAGGAUGGAUUAACAGUCUCUGGCAGCAAGCAGCCAGUUAUUUUGAGGAGCGGUUUUGAAGGCAGCGAUGGCUCUGAGGUGUAACGGCUGCAAGAUUCACUCCUGAUUAUUGUGUGCCAUCAUGAAUGAGUCCCAAAGCAUUGUACUUGCAAUUUAACAAGUGCCUCAGAAAGGUUCAGUCCUGUGGAAGGCCUGUCAAAUCCAGCUGCAUUCUAAACAUCUGUCUGAGUUUGUUCAAUUAACUUUGCUAUUCUGAAUGAGAGACAAAAAAUGUCUCAGGACUAUUUGCUCAGAAGAUGGUAAUGGUAAUUUUUAUGAUGUAUGUCAUGAUUUAAAAGGACCAUAUUACAACUGUUAAAUCUUGGCAAAUUGUAUUUAAUUUUGGGGCUAGGUAAUGGGGUUACGUAUUUAGUAUAAAACAAAACAAGCACUCAAAGGAUAAACAGGAAGAUAUGAACUGUUAUCAUAUUGAUAUGUAGAAUAAUAAAAGGUAAAAAAAGAUAAAAAAGGAAAUGGGAAUUCAAUCGAAUUAGCAAAAUUGAAUGGUUAUUACAAUAUCUUUCCCGGUACAGUUUCUUUGAUCAAUAAUCAUUAAUUUAAAAUGUGGUUGUGCUGUGUUAGUAGAGAGAACCUGCUGAUUGUGUACACAUCAAAUCAAACAGUAAGAAACACUGAAUGCCUGCUGCGAGUUGUUUACAUAGCUUGGUGUAAUGAGCUAUACACAUGUACAUGUUUACAUGAAGUGUACCGUGUUGUACAUCUUCUCUUUUUUGUCAUCAGUAUUCAUUAUCACUAUUUGUUAUGUAUUUUAUUCACAUUCAACUGAACUUAGAGUGAUAAUACUGUAUGUAUUAAAGAUCUGAA